AUUAGUGAUAUGUAUUUUAUAAAACUAUGAAUCAUCUCUGAUAAACUUAUAGUAUAAUCAACGUAUGUUCUGAUGAAACAGGAUGUAAUAUUUCACUUCUGUAUAAUUCUUUACAAAAUAUUUGGAUAUGUAUUUAUCGGCAAUACGUGCUCUUGUGUUUCUUCAACAUUCUUUAAUGUUGUAUGGGGAAUCUUUAUUCCCACUCGAAGUUGAAAAUUACGUCAUGGAUAAAUUUACAAUCAACAGAGAUUCUUCAACUGGAUAUGGAUCCAUUAAUUUUAAAACAGACGAUUCAUUUAAAAUAUAUUUUUGUCUCCGUGCUGAAACAAUUGUUAAUUUAAAUAACGUUAGAUUUUCUAACGAUGGAGGAAGUGAUAUUAUUGAAUUUGGUAUAGAUGGAAUACGAUUGGGUAUUUUAACGUCACCAGACGAAAGCAAUUACGGUAAAGGAUGGAAUAACUUUCUUCACAGUGGACCGAUUGGUCCAAAUUUAAAUCUAUCGUCUGGAAGACAUUUUCUUUCAAUAAGUGUAAAUAAGACGGAUUUUUAUGGAGUCGAACUAGACCAACUGGAAAUUAAAACAUUAGAUCCAUACAUUAGCAACGAAAUAUUUAAAUGUUCACUUUUCUGUGACAAAGAUAUAAUGUAUUCAAAUGGCCGGGCACGAGAUGAUAUGUCUUCUGCUGUUCUGACGAGGAAAAGAUCGCAGUCAUUAUGUCCAAGCAAUAAAAAUUUACUCUUGCCGAUCUACCAUGAAAAUGUAACUAUGUUUCUUGUUACAGUGAUGCAUCCUAAAUACAGGUCAUUUGAAAAUAAUUUUCAUGAUAAACAUGGACUUUGCGAUAGAAACAACAAAACAUUAUGGGAAUUUUCGAGAGUACAGCUCGAGUCACAUUAUGAUGCCGUUCACUCUAUAUUAUAUCCAAGUGUUACUAUGGAACAUGGUCGGUCUAAUACGUCAAAAUCUUUAUAUAUGAAAGUUAAGUUUAAUAACUUACACGUCGAUGACACAGAUACAAGACUUGUUCUGCAAUUUCUAUACGUUGUAGAUAUAUUUCUUGUAACUUGCACGUAUAAAACUGAAGGAUCAGGGACCACACUAAAAAAUGCAUACUUCAGCUCAAUGAAAACAAAACAUGUUUGGCUGAUUCCAAAGUACAGUUUUUUAAAGGAAAAUGAAAUUUUGCUGAAUAUUCUAACUGAUCCAGCACAAAUGAAAUCAAUUACAGUAGAUUUUAUAAAGUUAGAGCAUCAUGCAUCACAGUCAAUAAAUAGUGAGACUUUGUUUUCCAGCUAUGAUACAAAAAUAGAAGUUUUCAGGGAUCAGUUUAACGAGGAACAGUUUGUGAGAGAACCAAUGUCUGUUAGAAAUGUAGAUACGGAUACCUUGUUCAAUCAUGUGUCUGAGAUAGUAAUUUCACAUCGACUUCCAUGGGCUGACGUUUACAGUCCUAUUGUCAAAUUGUCGAGGACAGGUGAAAUGAACAUAUUACCUAUUGCACCACAUGGACUAACUGAAAUUCCAUAUGGUACAUCAAUUGUUUUUGGUCAAAAUGAUCCAUCUAAAAAUAAUCUACCCUCCGCUCCGAUAUCAAGAAUAGAUAUUACACCAGCAGCUUUACAAUUAUUCGUAACAUUUAAGGAUCACGGAACAACUAAUAUUUUGAUCAAAUCUACCUGGAAAGACACCAAAGCCAUUUUUAAAGAUAUUGUUAAUACGAGAAACCCUCUUAAAUAUCCGUUUGCAACAAUAAUGACCACGUGGAAUUACGACGGAAAUGCUGACUUAGAUCACGUUAGCAGCAACGGUGAUACUAUUCACCAUAUAGUGAAAGGAUGGGACAAGCUUUAUGGUACAAGUUUUACAUUUUUCAGGCAAUGUAUAUCGAGACACAAUACACAAAGUCCCGACUUACGUCUUCAAAUUAUCAAUGAAAAAGAUUUAUAUUUAUUCAUUUGAAAUUCAGUAUGCAUGUAAAGGUCCCUGUGUAUAUUAGUUUUGUUACUUUUUUAUCAAAUUAAUGCGGUAUGCAUUGUUGAUUAUUUGAAAAAUGAAAGACACUCUCCACUAGGGAGAGUGG